AUGCAGACGGCAGGUACCCUGGAGCGGGAACGGCCCCUGGAUCUCGAACGGCCUCUGGAUACCGAACAGUCACCCGCUCCGCCCUGGAACGGGAGCGCCCUCGUGAUGGGUGUAGCUGUUGGCAGACGUCAGCCCGUCCGAGUGCCACAUGCCUACAAUGGGGAGAAGGCCUCGUCAGGCCUUGUGUCUUUUGGCCUCCUUCCUGGAGUCCGGGAAAGCGCACAGGAGUCCGAAGAAGAACUUCUUCGCCAGGAGAAAGAGUCACAGCACGCAAUGGGUGGCUUUGUGGCGUUCCUCUACCUACUGAACCUUGCCGGACCGGGAGUGACGCACCUGAUCACCACUGUUUGGCCCAUGCUCGGAAGCCUUAGAGCCAUGGACAGACAAUCCGUCGACCUCCAGCAGAAAUGGCUGGGAUAUUGGAUGCUGUACGCCGUCGUCAACAGCUUUGAAUGGAUCUUUAUCAGAGCUCAAAAGAAGAUAAAACGGAUCUAUAUCCUCAAGUUGCUGGUGCUGACGGUGUGCGCCCUUCCACACCCGCUGUGCCCUGCUCGGCUGGUGUACGCCCGCUUUUUGCGUCGCCGGAUAUGGUUGGAGGGUGGCGGCGUCCCAUCGGGGACGUCCCCCGCCAUGACUUCCACUUUGGUCGACCACUUUUCCGUGACUCGGACCUCGGAUGGCCACGACUCACCCGCUAGGAAGAAGCAGCCCCAGAAUCCUCCUAAGAAGCCCUUGCCCACUGCCAAGAAAGGGUAA